GAAUUAGUUCGAGCGAGCUUCACUCACACAAAUGGAGAAGGAAGAGUCGCUGAGACUGGCGAUCGCCGUUUCUCUGCUACGAUCGAAGAUCCAGAACCGUCUUUCUUCUUCCUCCGAAACCGAUCCUCUUCGCUGGAAACAGAAGAACCGUCGAUCUUCUUCCUCCGAUACUGAUGCUCUUCGCUGGAAGCAGAAGGCGAAAGAGAGGAAGAAAGAGAUAAUUAGACUUCAGGAAGAUCUCAAGGAUGCUGAAAGUUGUGAUUUGUUCCCAGGGAAUGCUUCUUGCAAGUGUUAUUUCUUUGAUAGCUUGGGAGAACUCAGCGGCAGGCGGAUUGGAGAGGCCUCUGAAGCGAGGUUUAACGAUGCUCUUCGUCGUAGAUUUCUCAGGAUAGCGAGGAUAAGGGGGAGAAGGAAAUCAACUCGACCAUCUCAAAGAUUGCGGCUUUCAGAACCUGAAUAUGAAGAGGAAGCGGAGCAGCUAAGGAUAUCUAUUGAUUUUCUCCUGGAACUGUCCCAAGCAGACUCCAGUGCCUCUAAUUUCAGCAACUGGUCACAUCAGGCUGUAGAUUUCAUAUUAGCUUCACUGAAGAAACUGAUAUCGAUGGGGAGAAACUUGGAAUCUGUUGAAGAAUCUAUUAGUUCGAUGAUUACACAGUUGAUCGCAAGAAUGUGCACUCCCUCUAAAGGAAAUGAGGUGAGGCAACUAGAAACUAGUGUUGGGUUAUAUGUCCAACAAUUGAUCCGUAAACUGGGAAGUGAUCCAUACAUUGGACAGCGUACAAUAUUUGCUAUUUCUCAGAGAAUAUCUAUUUUAGCCGAGAACUUACUGGUCAUGGACCCGUUUGAUGACUCAUUCCCAGAGAUGGAUGAGUGCAUGUUUAUAUUGAUACAGCUAAUAGAGUUCCUGAUAUGUGACUGUUUGUUAUCCUGGGCAGAGAAUGAAUCAUUUGAAACGGUUGUGUUUGAGGAGUGGAUAUCAUCAGUUGUCCAUGCGAGGAAAGCAGUAGCUGCGUUGGAAGAAAGAAACGGGUUGUAUCUUCUUUUCAUGGACCGAGUCACAGGGGAGUUAGCUAAACGAGUUGGUCAAAUCUCAUCUUUCAGGGAGGUGGAGCCAGCCAUUUUGGACAAAAUCUUAGCAUACCCAGAAUGA